AUGUGUAAGUGUGCACCGGGAUUUACCGGUCACAAUUGCGAUCGUCUAUUGAAUGUAUGUGCUGAUGGAUCAAAGUGCGAAAACAAUGGGACAUGUUUACAAACGGGACCAGGGACACACAGAUGUUUAUGUACGACAAAUUGGAAUGGAACGGUUUGUACCGAUGAUGUGGAUGAAUGCCAACCAUUACCAUCCCAAACAUGUCUGCAUGGUGGUACUUGUUCAAAUACUAUUGGAAGUUUUCACUGCCAUUGCGUUUCUGGAUGGGGAGGAAUGAUUUGUGAUACUCAUAUCGAUGUAUGCAAUGGCGGUGCUUUGACUUGUCAAAAUAACGGUACCUGUUAUGAUCAAGGCGGUGGUAUUUUUGUGUGCCAUUGUACACCAUUAACAACAGGCCCAAAUUGUGAUGUUGACGUCGAUGAAUGCACGACACCCAGCGUCUGUAAAAAUGGCGCGACAUGCUUUAACCUUUGGGGAAAUUUUAUAUGUACAUGUGCACCAGGAUGGCAGGGAAGAACCUGCGAACAGGACAUAGAUGAGUGCGCGUUAGGCUCGUAUACAUGUGGUAUUAAUGCCGAUUGUCUAAAUUUGAAUGGGACGUGGACUUGUGUUUGUUCCCAGUACUACAUUGGUAAUCCCUUUGUCAAUUGUACCGUGUUUGAUUAUUGUACACCAAACCCAUGUGAAAUACAAAGCCUCUUGCAUCCCUGGGGUAAUCGAACAACAUGUUUAAUAGUCGGUCCGGGUAGUUACAAUUGUUCAUGUAAACAUCCUACAGCUGAAUUAUCAAUUUAUGUACAAAAUUUAUGUGUGGAUAUUGAUGAAUGUGCAACUGAUACUCAUUUUUGUAAUAAAACGAAGUCGAGAUGUGUCAAUACCGAUCCACAUUAUGAUUGUGAAUGUUUACCGGGUUUCUUUGAUAACAUUACAAAUGUAGUUUAUCCAAUAACAUUACCGGUACAUUAUCCAAUUGUUGAUAGAUGUUUUGAUCUCGAUGAAUGUAAAUAUCCACAGAAUUAUUCUUGUCCAAUAAAUUCCUUGUGUAUAAAUUUAUGGGGCUCUUACACGUGUCCGUGUAUCGAUGAUUUUUUCCUGUAUCAAAACAGCUGUGUCCCUGUUAAUCCAUGUACAUGGGCUUAUUGCACAAUGUACAGUCAUUGUGUGGAAUUACUAGAUUAUAAUUAUGUGUGUAAAUGUGAUAACGGUUUUCAAGUGUUAAGUGGUCAAUGUGUGGAUAUUGAUGAAUGCUCGAUGAGAAAACGAUGUACAAUACCGGGAAUGUUGUGUGUGAAUACAUUGGGUGGUUAUCAAUGUGAAUGUGCUAUUAAUCAAACAUGUUCAUUUCAAGCACAAAGUAAAUUUCAAAAAAAUGCUGUCUGGGGUUUAGCAGGAUUAGGUGGACUUUUUAUCGUCAUUGCAGUAGUAUCAAUAAUUUUAAGUUGGGAAAAAUUAAAUUGUGGAAAAACUAGACGACAACCAUCACAAAAAACUUCGUACGAAGAUAUGUUAACGAAUGAUCGAUCUAUGACAGAUGUAUCAUUGACGUAUUAUGGGGGAUCGUAA